AUGGUUGAACGACAUGUCAACGACGUCGCACCGUGGACAGUUGAAAUCCCCGACCUCUUGGUCUCGGGCUUUCUUCGAGAACAUAUCGUCCACUAUGUCGAUGACGGCGCAGUCCCUGGAUACCCCCAUCCCGACAGCAACGGCUCCAUCGUCCUCCCCCGGGAAGCCAAAGCGGGUGCUUGCAUGUGUCCUUUGCCAGCAGCGAAAGUUCAAUGUGUUCCCAGCCCUUUACUUAAGCGACGACUAAGGCGAAGGCCCCCACAGAGAGAGCUCCUGGAGCGCAUAGCCAAGUACGAAGAUUUGCUCCGUCAGAACAACGUCAAGUUCGAACCACUCCACAACGAUAUUGGAUUGGAGAAGGGGAAAUCCGUCGCUGGGAGUGGCUACGGCUCUGACGGUGAGCCUCCAGAACAUAUGCACUCGGAGAUGCAAACUCCCUCGACCACCAGCAGGUCCGGAAGAAGUUACGGAGUCAAAAAUGUAUGGCAUGUCAUGAGUCAAGGGUUCCGAGACUCUGAUAGUGACAGCGUCGCCUCUCAUGAAAAUGAGCUUGAAAGCGCUGUGAAAGACGUUUACGAUCAAUCAGUUGUAAGCGAUGAUAACCUUUUGUUCGGUGCCCGCGGCCCAGCAGUCGACCUUUCCAGUCUACAUCCCGACCCAGUUCACAUCUUCCGGCUUUGGCAGAUCUACUCGGACAACGUAAAUCCGCUGCUCAAGGUUACACACACUCCCAGUCUGCAGGGACGUCUCAUUGAAGCCGUCAGUGACAUCUCCAAAAUCAGUCCCACCUUGCAAGCAUUGAUGUUCAGUAUCUACUGUAUCGCGAUCUCGAGCCAUGCGACCGAAGACUGCCAGCGACUUUUCGAUUGCCCGAAAGAAGAUCUUUUGAUGAGAUAUCACUAUGCCUGUCAGCAGGCGCUGUUAAAUUGCUCGUUCUUACGAACCAACGACCGUGAUUGCUUGACUGCACUAUAUCUCUACCUGGUGCGUAUGACCAACAGCUGGUUUCACCCUCCUAACAGCGCCAGAUCUCUGUCAGAUCCAGUUCAUUUCCUCAGUCCCUGUCGUCUGUGCUGGCUGUGGCAAUUCGCAUUGCCCGACGCAUGGGUAUCCAUACCGGAUAUGAAGAGACCGCCAGUAACGCAGGGAAAUACCACCGAAGCCCUUUUUGCUGUUGUUCGUUGUGAACUGGGUGAAGUGAUCCGCCAUUCCUCGACCCAUCUCGAUUUUACCACCCCAGCCCUGAAGGUUAACGUCGUUCCUUCCCAGAGCGAAGCCGAGGGAGAUGAAACUGAGCUGGUCAGGCUGGAGAAGAUGGUUGAGGACCGGUACCUCAGGCACUGUGACCAAGAGCACCCACUGCAGUUCAUGACGAUGUGGACGACACGCGCUCACCUGGCCAAAUAUCGCCUCCUGGAACAUCAGUCUCGGUAUUUUGGCUCAUCCUCACGACAGACAAGUGCGCAGCGACGCACCGCCACUUCUUAUGCGCUCACAAUGCUCGAAUGCAACACCAAGCUCAUGGCGUCACCGCUCACCAAGGGGUUCCGUUGGCUCAACCAAUUCUACUUCCCAUUCCCAGCCUACAUCCAAAUCGUGCAGGAGUUGCGAAGCCGGCCGCUGAGCAGCCAGGCCUGUCACGCCUGGGAAGUCAUGAGUGACAAUUACAGUGCGUGGUUCGGGCCUCACUUUCGGGAAGACAGUCCUUUCUUCCGCCUCUUCACCAAGUUGGUACUGCAGGCAUGGGAGGCGUACGAGGCAGCUCCCAAGCGACCGGAAGAUGUGUCGGUGACAGAGCCAAGAGUCGUCUCCUCCAUCAAGCACGCACUCUCACAAAUAGCCCUGCAUGCCCGGAAUGUCGAUACCGACCUGCCGAACAUGUUGACGAGGAAUUCCGACAUUGAUGAGGGCGGUCUAAUGAGGCCAAGUUCGAUGCACAUCACACCGACACCGACGCCGAUGGGGAUGGGGUUCUGGGACCGCGGCAUGCCAUACAAUAACAAUAUCGACAGCAACAGCAACAACGAGACACAGGAUGAUUUCGCCCUUUUCAGUGGACAGAUGGAUGCGAAUAUCAACAUGGCAGGGCAACUCGGACACCUCGACCCCUGGAACUGGACGGGAUUUGGCCGACAGCCUGGCUGGGAGGGCGUUUGA